AUGGCGUGCAGCGUUCAGCGAUAUUCGUUCGGUGGUAGCGCUCCUUCCCAACCAACUCUCGCGGAGGAUCCAGCCACAAUGGAUGCCUCCGAGGCUCCGGAUCAUGGCUCUGAGGGCAAGAAGCCGACGCCCCCUUCAUCCAACCCAGAAAGCUCGAGUGCAGAGAAUGUGGCAGCAGCAAAUGGUUCGGCAGCUAAUCCUUCAGCCUUCGAUACAGCUGCUGCAUCCGAUGGCGAUGCGACUGCUCCUACGACAGCUACGGAGAGUGCAACAACCACACCAGAAGAGCAUAGCCCGCCGUCCAGCGGCAUGGCAAGUGAAACAGCGGCAGUAGGCAUACCGUCAGCAGAAAGUGGAAUCGCUACCAAAAGCUGCUGCGGAGGCAAAAAGGCAAAGACAGGUAAAGGCCAUGAAUCCACAAACGAAAACAUGGCAAGUGAAACAGCGGCAGUAGGCAUCCCGUCAGCAGAAAGUGGAAUCGCUACCAAAAGCUGCUGCGGAGGCAAGAAGGGAAUGACAGGUGGAGGUCAUGAAUCCGCAAACGAAAACACGGCAAGAAAUGCAGCAGGCAUGUCGUUAUCAGACAAUAAUAUCGUUUCUAAAAGCUGCUGCGGAGGCAAUAUGGGAAUGUCAAAUGGAGGUCAUCAACCCGCAAGCGGAAACAAGAGCAGCUGCUGCGGCGUGAUGCCGAUGAGCUUCCAGGCUUCCACACACACAGUUAUUCUCUUCAAAUCGUGGGAAACGACAGAGGUAAGAGAUGAAACUUUGAAAGCCGUACGCAGAGACAGUGGUGGUGGCACAAUUCACCACGUGUAUAUGUCUCUUUAUUUACGAGCAGGGUGCAGCCCUUUAACGGUAGCUGGAGGAGAACAUGCAAUUACGAAGAAACCUUCGGUUCCCAAUAUCUGCCUCUGCACCCUCGUCUACGCAUAUGAUUACCUGUUGAUGUUGGUGGUGAUGACAUUCAAUGUCUACCUUUUCUUCGCAGUUUGCCUAGGCCUAGGCUUCGGGGUAUUCUGUCUUGGUCAUAAGCUCAGGCUCAAGUCAGAAGGCGAGAAGCAGCAGCUCAAAGAAUACAGACUAGACUUAGCCUGCUGUGGGGCGUAG